AUGGACGAUCUCAAACCCAAGCAAUCAAUGGAUGAAAAAGUCGGCGACACUGCAUUGUCUUCAGACCUCAAAGAUUCAGAAGGCUACAUAGCCCAAGUUGACACUGCCCACCAUGGCAACCUCAAGCUCGCCAAGGAUGGCCAUACCGUUCUGAUUCCACAGCCCUCUGACGAUACACGUGAUCCUCUCAACUGGAGCCCUGUCAAGAAACAUGUUAUCCUCUUCAUCAUCAGUUUCGCAGCCUUUCUUCCGGAUUAUGGCAGCGCUGUUGGCGCAGUUACUCUUAUUCCACAGGCAGCACAAUGGAACAUGAGCCAAGAUACAGUCAACCACUCACAAGUUGGUAACGUUUUCAUGCUCGGCGCAGGCGGUAUCUUUGUUGUAGCCCUCUCCGCAUGGGCAGGCCGUCUCCCCGUCCUAUUCUACUUCCUUGUUAUAGCCGCAGCUACAGCAGCAUGGUGUGCUGCUGCUACGACCUUUGAGUCUUUCAUGGCAGCGCGUAUCCUCAAUGGCUUCUUCAGUACUGUCUCGCAGGGUGGAGGAUUGAUGUUCAUCUUUGACAUGUUCUUCUUCCAUGAGCGUGCUCGCAAGAUUAAUAUCUGGGCUGCCUUCAUUAUCCUCUCUCCGUAUAUGGGUCCUUUGUUGACUGCCUUUAUCAUUACGACAGAGCCGUGGCCCAUUGCUUUCUGGGUAUACUUUACUGAGACUUCGCUUGCGCUCAUCCUCACAAUCCUGUUUGUCGAAGAGACCUACUAUGACCGUCGCAUCACUGCUGCCAAUCAACCACCUCGAGGAUCACGCAUCGGCAAUCUGUUAGGUUAUGCCCAGUACCGAUCUCGCCACCUUCGUAACAGCUUCGGCCAAGCCUGUAUGCGCCCAAUUCGCGUCAUCCUCAAGCCAACCGUCUUCUUGUCUUGCCUUUACUACCUACUGACCUUUGCAUGGGUCGUUGGUAUCAACACAACCUUAUCAAUCUUCCUUACACCGCUAUACAACUUUGGGCCCAAGCAGAUCGGUUUCUUCUAUUUCACACCCGUUGUUGCCGCGAUUUUGGGAGAGGUAGUCGGCCACUGGCUCCACGAUGGAAUUGCCACACAGUUCAUCAAAACGCACAACGGUCACUUUGAGCCCGAAAUCAGACUACGUGCAAUUUGGUUCAGCACCCCGUUCAUGCUCGCCGGUUUGGUCGGGCUGGGCUUCGCUCUUCAGGAGGGGUAUCACUACAUGAUUACGGCCUUGUUCUGGGGCCUGUAUGUCUUUGGUAUCAUGGUAACUACAGUUGCUCUGAAUGCAUAUAACCUCGACAGCUAUCCAGAAGCAUCCGGGGAGGUAUCUGCAUGGAUCAAUUUCGCGCGAACUACUGGGGGUUUUAUCAUCAGCUAUUUUCAAGUCAAAUGGGCCAACUCGGUCGGCGCAAAAGUCAGCUUCGGUACUCAGGCAGGUAUCUGUGCUUUUGCAUUUCUUAUCGUUCUUGUGUUGCAGGUGUUUGGGAAAAGAAUGAGAGCGAAGAGUGGAAAAUUAUGUUUCCCUACUGCAUAG